UAUUUGUGGGUAUAGUUAGAAGCGAUUUAUUUCUAGAAAGGAAUGCUCGUCUUUGAGGUGGCUCAGUUUGACAGAAUCCGUAACAAAAAUUUCAAAGUUCAACAAUGCUCUACUUUUUGAUCCAGUAGUUUUUGUUACUUUCAAUAUGAUUACUUUAAGCUUACCAUGCCGAUUGUGUGGAUGUAUGUAUUGUCACUAUGCCAGACCAGAAGUGAUUAUACAUUUAGCGAAAAUUUUCAGAUAAACCACACACUACUGCUGACAACUGGCCUAUGAAGGAGAAUCUUCCUCUUUCGUUACAUCAACAAAGUGUGGAGUUUAUACUGCAAAAUUCUGUCUAUGGGGUUUCACACUUGAUUCAUCAUUUUCCACUUCACUUGAUGACCAAAUGUUACUCUGAAGGUUGGCGCUAAUAUCAUUUUUAUUUUUGUUUAAAUAACAGCUAUUGCGGAAAAUCCCACUUUCAAGCACAUUCCUAUGGUAUCCGCUAAACUCUUUUUGUAUUUUGAGUUAGUAGGUGCCAUAAAAUUGCAUGAUGAUAAAAGAUGGUAUGACUCAUUGCAGUACAAAAUCAGAUGAGUAUGCAUUCAACUAUAUAUAGCAACAUCUUAUUUUUACUUGCAUGUUCUAAAAAUGCGAAGAAUGCAGCAGACUUACCUUGAGGACCAAAAAUGAUUGCAUUUCGAAUAAUAAAGUUGGUUUAACAAGUAGAAGAUAUCCAAUUUAAACCCAUUACGGCAGCAUGAAAAUGCUAGACUUUGUUCUUUGGUUGUAAACUAUAACAAGUUUAUUUUUUUCCCCUCAAAUUUAAAGAAUACGAUGAUUUGUUCACUUAAUUAAGUUCAUAUUUGAUUUAUAUCAUCUCUCUCUCUCUCUCUCUCUCUCUCCCACACACACACACACACACACAACACACAAAAAAAAAAAAAAACACAAACACCAACACACAGGGUACCAGCUAGACCAGAAACACACGUUGAAAUCUCUAAGAAUACAAAAUACCAUUGAAAUCCAUUGGAUUAUCCAUUAAUGGAUGGGUAAUGUUGCACUCUUGUUCUGUACUUGCAGAACUAGCAGCUAUUUCGUGUUUUAUUGGAUCAAUGAACCUCUCAAGAAAUUUGAGUUUUUUGUUUAUGCUUAGUUCCUUGAUCAGCCUUGGGACUAUACUAUGUCUUUGAUACUGUUGGGCCAUACUAGUUUUGUGGGGCCAUUGGCUUGGGUUUCACUGAAGGAGGAGUUUCCAGAAGGUGGUAUUGUAUCUGGUGGGAUGGAUACUCAUGCUUUGGUGUCGGAUUUGGCAAUUGGAGAGAAGGUUCAGUCACUGAAAGGUCAUCAAGUGCAAGUCACUGGCAUUGCAUUGGAUGGCUUGGACAUUGCAACAUCAUCCAUAGCUUGGCAAUGGACUAAGAAAGAUAGAGUUGACCACACUAGGGUUCAUCAUUUCGUGACCCUUUCACUGACUGUAAGUAUCAAAUUAUCUCCGGUGGUACAUCAGCCAUUGGAGUUGGUUGCUGAGGUUCAUUCACCCUAACUGUUCCAUUUUUCUUGUGAUAAACGUCCCCCUGGUUUACAUUUCAGCCAGUGCUUAUAUACCCGGAGAACCUUCCAACAGGUCUGCCGUCGCUGCAAAACCCACUUUCAAGGACAUUCAGAAGGUAUCUGUUAAACUCUUUGUUUUCUGUAGGUGAGGUGCCACCCGCCUUAUAAUUGCAUGCUUGUUAAGGACAAUACGACACAUUUCAGUAUGAAAUUCAGAUCAGUAUACAUUCAAGUAAUAAAGCACUAUCUUCGUGAUCCUUGAAUAUCAUGAAACCUUAUUUUGGGUUUGAUGUCGAUUAUGAGAGGCUGAUCAAAGUAUUGGCUGUGUUUGUCAAUUUGGCUGUAAAGAGAUGUUUUCCCUUAAAACUUUGCUCUUUUUCCAAAGUGUCCUAAACAUGCAAAGAAUGCAACAGACUUGCCUUGAGGAGACCUGCAAAUCAUUGCAUUUCGAAUAGUAAAGGAAAUUUAAGAAGUUGGAGAGAUAUACACGAUAAACUGAUUCAGGCAGCAUGAAAUGCUAGAAUGCAAUAGGUAGCGUGGCAGUAGUUAUGUGAUGGUGAACAUAUUUGCAAUAGGAAAUACAUUAAGCAUCCACAUAAGGAAAACAAUUCUCUUUUGGUUUGUUUAUUGACCACAAGGAUUUUGCAAAAGAGAGAAAUAACAACUCUUGACAAGACAACGAAUCCCACCUUCUUUCGCAAUAUGCCAAGCUGUUUAUAGUUGGGUGCAUCCAGUGGCGGAUCUACAGUGGAAUU